AAUCCGAGUCGGACAAACGUGCGGAUGCAAAUUUCUCGCGAAUUAAGUUAAUUUAGUAGAAUCGGGCGCAGCACUAAAUCGAAAAAAGCGCUAGAAACAUGUUUUAAGUGCAAAACAUAUGCGGCAUUUUGCAUUGAUUCACGAUUUACCAGUCAACUUUUGGUGCUGUUUUCACGCACCGAAAAGCAGACAGCGAAACCAAAACCGAACGAAAAAUAUCGGAGAGGGGGUUAGAAAAAAAGUGAGCGCAAAGAGGUGAAAUCCGGUGCUAAAACGUCAAUUUCUCAAAGUAUAUAGCCGUGUAAUAAGCCAAAGUAACAGUGCAAUUAAUUUAUGUGACAAAUUGUUAAAAAAUCAAGAAUGGGAACGAAAGUGGAACAAAACGACAGCAACAACACCGACGCUACGAAAAAAGCAACAGCAGUUGAGCCAGCGGCAGCGCUGGCAGAGAGGAAUACGACACAUACAACAACAACAAUAGCAGCAGCAGCAGCAACACCAACGCAAGACACGAAAACGCUGCCCACACAUGGAACUGCACCCCAAGUGAUAAUCAGUCCCGCCGCCCAGGCAGAGCCAGCAAUAACAACAACAACAACAACGACGACGAUGGCCACAAAUGCCGCCAAAAAGAUAAGACGCGCGUUCUCCAUGCCACGCAAUCCGUUUCGCUGGUCGCGCAAGUUCAAGACAGUUGGCGCCGCCACGGCUGGCAAUGGAGUUACUGCGUCCAGCUGCGAGGACAGCGGCAGCAGCCGUACCGCCAUGUCGAGCUGCGUGGGCGGUGGACGAGGACGCAGCGGUAGUAUUGUAUCUUUGAAUAUCUACGAUGGCGACAAGCAGGCGGCGAAUGCAAUUGGUCAGGAGAGAGCGCUUACCAGCAGCAGCACCGGCAACAGCAACAACACCAGUAAUAGCAACAACAACAACAAGCGCGCACGUGUAAUGCGUCGCUCGUCCUUCAGGAAGUUUCUAAACCGCAUCGCUCAGCAAUUGAGCGCAACGGUGAAUGUUGGCGUAAGUGCUAGAAAUUCUGGCGAGCAGAACGCAGCGCAGCGCACAACUUUCAUAGAAAUUGUGCCAUUCUAUACCGGAUGCUGGCGCCGAAAAGAGGCAAAGAAACAAGGUGCAGGCCUCAAUGGCGGCGCUGCGGGCGGCGCGGAGCGUGUGCCGCCCAUUGGCGGCUAUCAAUGGCCAGCGGAUCAAACACCUGGCGUUAUGGGACUGAAGAAUCAUGGCAACACCUGUUUCAUGAACGCGGUGCUGCAGUGCCUCAGCCAUACGGACAUACUCGCUGAAUACUUUGUGCUGGAUCAGUAUAAGGCGGAUCUGAAGCGUCGCAACAAAAUCAAUUCACGCAAAUUUGGCACCAAGGGCGAGCUCACCGAGCAGCUGGCCAAUGUGCUGAAGGCUUUGUGGACCUGCCGCAAUGAGAGCGACCAUAGCACCAGCUUCAAGGCUGUCGUCGAUCGCUAUGGCAGUCAGUUCCGCAGCUCCACUCAGCACGAUGCGCAGGAGUUUCUCUUUUGGCUGCUGGACAAGGUGCACGAGGAUUUGAAUACCGCCAGCAAGCGGCGCUACAAAAGCAUUAAGAACUCUUAUGGCCGCUCGGAUGAGAUAAUUGCCGCCGAAACGCUGGCGAAUCAUAUACGCUGCAAUAACAGCUUUGUCCAGGCUGUGUUCCAGGCACAGUUCCGCUCAUCGCUGACGUGUCCGCGUUGCCAAAAGCAGUCCAACACCUUUGAUCCGUUCCACUGCAUUUCGGUGCAGCUGCCGCAGCUGACACAGCAAACUGUCUUUGUCACCGUGGUGUUCAUGAAGCAGCAGCCGCGUCAGCUGAAGAUGGGAUUGCGUGUGCCCGCCGGCUCACCCAUUGUGGCGUUGCGGGAGCAGCUGCAGGAGACUGCCGGCAUAGCCGGCUCACGCAUGGUGCUGGUGGAUAUGAAUGCGGAGGGCUUCACGCGCGUCUUCUAUGACUCGCAGCCGGUGGAGACGUUGAGCAGUGCCGACAGCAUCUACUGCAUUGAGAUGCCCGAGCCCAGCGAGACGCCCAAGGCAAGCACAGAUGCAACGGCGGCGCCGCCGGCAGCAGAGAAAGCCGCAACAGCGCAACACUCCACCGAUCUGCUGCUGCUGGUGGCCAAUGUGCAGCGCCAGGCGGCAGUGGAAGGCGAGGCGGAUGGCAAGGAGCAGCUCACGCGCUUUGGUGCACCCUUUAGCAUGAAGGCGCCGCGUGACUGCAGCUAUCAGGAUCUGCAGAAGCGUCUGCUGCGUGAAAUGUCGGCGCAGUUGAAGCCGGAAGUGUUUGCCUAUGCGACGCCGCUGGCGGAUAUGUUUAAAAUACGGCUGCAGGACCCGAGCGCUGAUCCGGACACAUUUCUAGAGCAAGUGGAGCAUCCGCUGCUCACCGAAAUGAUAGACAUGGCGCUCUCCGUGCUCUCCGCCGAGGCCGGACCCACACACAUUAAACUGCUGCUGGAGUGGCGCCAGCCCGAGACCCAUUUCGUGCAGCUGCAAAGCGAGGACGAUGUGGUGGUCGAGCACGAGAGCGUGGCGCAGCUAAGUGCCAGCAAGGCAAAGGACACUGUUGCGCUGACGCUGGAGCAGUGCCUGGAGCAUUAUACCAAGGCCGAAACGCUGAGCGCCGAGGAUGCCUGGCGCUGCCCGCACUGUCAGCAGUAUUUGCCCGUGGUGAAGACGCUGGGACUCUGGUCACUGCCCGACAUACUGGUGGUGCACUUCAAGCGCUUUCGCCAGCAUCAGUCGAAGGGCCCGCAGGCGGCCAAGCUGACCACCAUGGUCAAGUUUCCGCUGAACGCCUUUGACAUGUCGCCACAUUUGGCGCGCGGCGUGCGCGAGAGCAACAACCAACUGCAAAGUCUGGAGCAGCCGCCGCCCAGCAAAAAAUUACGCGCUGGCGACUCACGCUCCUCCACGCUCAACUCACGUGGCGAGCAAAAGGACACGCGCUACGACUUGUAUGCCGUGUGCUAUCAUCAAGGCGAUACGCUGGAGACAGGCCACUAUACGGCUGCCUGCAAGAAUCCGUACGAUCGCCAGUGGUACAAGUUCGACGAUCAGCGAGUGAGCAAAGUGCCCGAGCAGGACAUUGAGCAUGAUAUUAUCAACAAUGAAGCCUACAUGCUGUUCUAUCAACGCCGCAGCGUCGAUGCAGCAGGCGAAUGCUCCGGCUCUGGCUCGAGCUCCAACUCCGGUGAUCAUUGGGUGUCACGCAUCGCACCGCCGGCAGUCAGCACGACAACAAUUGCAACUGCCGCCAGCAGCAGCAGCAAAGAGCGGGACUUGGAACUGACAGAGCCCACGCCAGAGAAGGCAGUCAGCAAGCCCGUGGCCAUACCCUUGCCCAAGGCAGUGCCCGAAAUCGAAGAGCUUGAGCUAACACCGCCUGACGCUUGCGCUGCCGCUGAAGUGCUAAACAUUGAGGAGCUGGCCUAUGCGGAUGCAGAUCCAGAAGUAGAUCCUGUCACUGCUGAGCUGGAGUCUAGUACAGUUGCAACAACUGUGGAGGCGGAGGCUGCAAACGAAAUUGAAAGCGAAGCUGAAGUCACACAAAUAUUUGCCAUGGAUGAGGACUGCGCUGAGAAGUUGGACACAAUGCCAACAGCCAAUGCAACUACCGCAGCUGUUGAGGCCAAUGUACAGCUAGCCAAGCUUGUCGAUAGCCAAACUAAUGGUCAUGUGGCCAGCAGCGCUGGCAGCUCCAGCACCAACAGCUCUGCUGCCUCCUCAGUCAGCUCACUCAAUUCGCCGCGCAUGUUGAGCACUUCGGUCAAUGCCGCCUCGACGUUGCAGAAUAAGUUUAUAGGUCACAUGAGCGCCCUGCUCAAUGGCAACCACGUGACCACGCAGCUGUCCUCCAGUUUGCAGCUAUCGCGGCAGGCGUUGCAGCAUAAUUGUCAUGGCUCACGCAGCAGCGUUUCGGCUGUGGAAAGCGUUGCCCAACAGCAACAACAGGCGGCGGCAGCAGCUAGUUUGAGCUUGCGGCACUCCUUCUCCACCAGCUCCAAUUAUAAGUUGCGCGAGUGUAGCGAAACUUUGUCGUCGCUGCUGCGCAACUCGGCCAAUACCUGCAGCAAAGACACGUUGCUGUUCAUUGAUCAACAGAGUCAUCACCAUACAUCUGGGCUACUGGAGGACGACGAUGAUGAUGGCUACAUGGGCAGAUCCCUUUGGAUCUCACCCGUUACGCCACACAAGCUCAUCACCGUAUCGCCCAAGAAUUAAUUGGACUUCACACAAACGCACUAUAGCUCUAAGUCU